AUGUGGUGGGUGACGGGCUCCCUGUGCCGGGCCAGCUCCCGCGGCUGGCAGAUGCGACUGCCCCGGCCCAGCCCCGGCCGCAGCCCUGCAUGGACCCCUGCGACAGCCUCCGCCUGCAGCCUCUCCUCGGCGGCCCCCUCUAUCCGCCUCUCGCCCGCCGCCCGCAGCCUCUUCGACGAGCCGCUGGCCAUCGCCGUGCAGGGCCUGGGCCCGCGGCAGCCGGUCACGCUGCGGGCGUCCUUGCGGGACGAGACAGGCGAGCUCUUCCAGGCCUGCGCCCGCUACCAAGCGGGGCACGACGGGGAGCUGGACCUGGCCCACUGCCCUGCGCUGCCGGGAGGCAGCUUCUGCGGCCUGGAGCCCAUGGGGCUGCUCUGGGCUUUGCAGCCCCAGAAGCCCUUCUGGUAUAUGGUAAAGAAGGACAUGCAGCGCCCCAUCCUCCUGCAGCUGGAGGUGUUUGAUGGCCACGGGGACCCCCCAGGGCGGCUCCUGGCCCAGGCGCAGCACGAGCGGGCGUUCCUGCGGGAUGGGGUGCGGAGAGUCCCGGUGCGAGACGGGAGGAUCCGGGGGACGCUCUUCCUGCCUCCCGGAGAAGACCCCUUUCCAGGGAUCAUCGACAUACAUGGAUACACAGGAGGAGGUUUAUUUGAGCACAGAGCCAGCCUGCUGGCCAACCAUGGCUUUGCCACACUGGCCCUGGCUUAUUACCGAUACGAGGAUCUGCCCCAGGAGCCAACUGAAAUCCACCUGGAAUAUUUUGAAGAGGCACUGAACUACAUGCUGCAGCACCCACAGGUAAAGGGACCAGGGGUUGGCCUUCUCGGUUACUCCAAAGGAGCUGAUCUGUGUCUUGCCAUGGCUGCCUUCCUCAAGAACAUCACCGCCGUUGUUUCCCUCAAUGGCUCUAUGGCCAUUACAAUUGUUCCCCUAUGUUACAAGGACAAAACCAUCCCCGUUUUGGCCAUCGAUGAACAACGGGUCAAGGUCAUUGAUUCCAAUAUUCUUGAUUUAUCUGACAUCCUCAUGAGCCCCUUUCAAGCCCCUGGCAACCAAAGCCUGAUCCCAAUAGAGAAAGCUGAGGCACAGUUACUAUUCAUUGUGGGACAAGAUGACCAUUUUUUAAAAAGUGACUAUUAUGCUACUGAAGUCUGCAAGCUUCUGCAGGCACAAGGGAAGGAAAACUUUCAGAUUCUCUCUUACCCUGGAACAGGGCAUUGCAUUGAUCCUCCCUUUUUCCCUUUGUACCCCAUAGGAAACCAUCCCAUUCUUCGCAAGCGGGCAGUCAUGGGUGGAGAGCUUGGGGCUCAUUCUAAAGCUCAGCUUCAUGCCUGGCCACAGAUCCAGGCUUUUUUCCACAAAUACUUAAAUGACAACUGAUGUGCAAAAAAAUAAUGUGCAAGAAACACAGAACUUUGAACAACCAGAUCUGCUUUAUCAGGUCAAACUUUGUUCACAUCUGUACCAGUACAACUAGUAUCUUCCAUGCCUUUGCACAUCCAUAACUCAGAAAAGAACUGGGUUUUCUUUUUUAGUUUUCCCUGAACUUUUUUGGUCAAGUGGCAAGGAGGCUGACAGAUUUGCAUUAGCCCUUGAUAAAACAGAUCAUGUGCAAAAUGCACAGCUACAUUUCUCAGGUGAUUUCUACUUUUCUAAUACUGGACAGUACUUUGCAUAUCACUGGGGUCUCUACAUAAAUACGCUAUCCUCAGCUCUUACUUUGAAGCAGCACCUCUCAAAUGCUGAUCUUUGGAGCAGGGAUUUCACUGCUCUUAUGGUGAUUAUCUCAUUGCAAGUGGAAAUGUAUCUGAUCUUUAUGUUGCUGGAAGUGUGUAAGAAUGGGUGCUAUAGCCAGGAUGCCAGGAUAUCUCUGGUUAACCCUCAGGAAGUGUUGUUUGCCCUCUAUGUCUUCUUUCCAUCUUCCCUUCAGAAGGAAGUACUCUCGCCCCAAAAUGUCGUGUAAAAAGCCAUUCUGAUAAAUUUACAGCCAUUGUGAUUUUCCUCCACCCAGUGUGGAACUUUUUCAGCUUUGUUAUUAGGGUGAGAAUUAUAAUAAAGAGGCUGAGAUUU